AUGACGACAGUUCGACAGCUUGGAGUCAGCAAACACUUGGUCUUUUGUCCUGCUGCCGUCUCCUUACUGCACACACUUCCACAUUCAGACAAAGCAGAAUGGAGACCUACCCACCAGGGCUGUCCAUGUGAUGGCCCUUUCUGUGGCCCCAUGUCUAAGAGGUUCCAGGGACCUCACCAUGAUGGCCUAGGACCACAAGCCACGGCCAGCCCCAGUGUCCUCACCAUCGAGGGGAAAGGGAGGAGCCAGGCUCAGCCUGUCCUAUAUGUAUUUCCAGAAGCCCUCUCUGGGCACUUAUUUACUUGUAUUCAUCUCUGGUCUGUGGGCCUCUCUCCCCUAUCUGAUUAG